CUGAUUUGUGGGCAAUGUUGGGGAUGUAGAAAAAAAAAGGAAACCGGAGCGAAGAGAGCGCAAGAGAGAAAUAGGGAGACAACACUAACUGGGUAGCUAUGGAGAUAGUAGGUUUUCCUGGUAGCUUUCUUUGACAGGUGUCGAGUGGGAUAAAAUAAAGUAUCAGAACAGCCUCCAAGAUGUACGGCAAGGGUAAAGGAGCUGUGGUCCCCUCCGAUAGUCAAGCAAGAGAAAAGUUAGCGUUAUAUGUGUACGAGUACCUGCUACAUGUGGGAGCACAGAAGUCCGCACAGACCUUCCUGUCUGAGAUUCGAUGGGAGAAGAAUAUUACAUUAGGGGAGCCCCCCGGAUUCCUCCAUUCCUGGUGGUGUGUAUUCUGGGAUUUGUAUUGUGCGGCUCCAGACCGAAGGGAGACAUGCGAGCACUCCAGUGAAGCAAAGGCCUUCCAUGACUACAGCGCAGCGGCAGCGCCCAGCCCAGUGAUGGGCAACAUGCCCCCGAACGACGCCAUGCCAGGUGGUCCCAUGCCCCCAGGCUUCUUCCAGGGACCACCCGGCUCUCAGCAGUCCCCCCACGCACAGCCCCCCCCACACAACCCCAGCAACCCCAUGAUGGGACCCCAUGGCCAGCCUUUCAUGUCACCACGGUAUCCAGGUGGACCGCGCCCCUCACUCCGAAUGCCAAAUCAGCCUCCGGGCGGAAUCCCUGGAUCUCAGCCUCUCCUGCCAAACAGUCUGGACCCGACAAGACCGCAAGGACAUCCUAACAUGGGUGGACCAAUGAGGAUGAACCCUCCUCGAGGAAUGGCCAUGGGCCCACAGAAUUAUGGAGGUAUGAGACCUCCUCCCAACUCCAUGGGCGGCCCCAUGCCAGGGAUGAACAUGGGUCCCGGAGGAAGAGGGCCUUGGCCAGGACCUAAUGCUAACUCUAUAGCCUACUCCUCCUCAUCUCCAGGGAACUACGUGGGUCCUCCAGGCGGAGGGGGUCCACCUGGAACUCCCAUCAUGCCCAGCCCAGGUGAUUCGACUAACUCCAGUGAAAACAUCUAUACAAUGAUGAAUCCUAUCGGACCGGGAGGCAACAGACCCAACUUCCCUAUGGGACCUGGGCCUGACGGGCCGAUGGGGGCGAUGGGAGCGAUGGAGCCACACCACAUGAACGGAUCACUAGGGUCUGGGGAUAUGGACGGGUUGCCAAAGAGCUCCCCUAAUAACAUGGGGGGCAUGAACAACCCUCCUGGAACGCCGAGAGAUGACGGCGAAAUGGGCGGAAACUUCUUGAACCCAUUCCAAAGCGAAAGUUAUUCACCCAACAUGACGAUGAGUGUGUGAUUUUAUUUUUUCCUUUUUUUUGUAUUUUGUUUAUUUUUCCCUCUUAUUUUUGUACCCCUGCACCUGAUUUUUUAUUUUUUUUUGUCUUCAAUUCGAUCCUUACUUCACCUUGGAUUGGACCUCCUCCCCUCCUCACACACACCCUCUGCCCCCUACCCCCCCAAAAAAAUGGGAUCCGCUGUCUCCCCCUCACCCCUUCUAUGGCCACACAGCCUUCUGGGACAGCCCUUGAGCAUGCUGGGACUCUAAUUAAGACGGGCCCACCUGGAGCAUGCAAGAUGGCCGCCGGUCUGAAUAGGAAGCAGUCACAGAGCAACAGGAAGAGCCUCCUCUCUGACUCCGGCCCCGGCCUCCCUGGCUUCCUGUCAGGUUCUAGACAAUGAGCGAGGGAAGGAGGACAAACAGAGAGAGGGACAGGAGACUGGGAAACACAGCCCUCCCCUGAGGACACACUGUUGGGUCUUUUAGCAGCAGCCUGCGAGCUUCUCCACCACGACUCUGGACUUUUUCAACACUUUCUAUCGUCACUUUUUUGUUGUUGUUCCUCCCGAUGGAUUCAGUUGAGGGUCGGACGAAACGACCCCCUUCCCCCCCCUCCACCACAUUGUUCCCUCUGUGUGUACAUUUUUAACAGAGGUGUUGUGAUGAUCGGUGAUUUUUUUUUUUCUUGUGUAUGUAUUGUAUCAUUGCUAUUUUUUAUUAUUGUAUUAUUGUUAUUAAUGAUAUUGUUAUGAUUUUAAGAUUAGGUUUUAAUUUCUGUUGUUUCUAAGGGCACAUUAUUACGAUGAAGACAGCGUAUGUGCACACAAAUGAUUAAGUAUUUGCUGUGUAGCAUGUGGCUCGGUGUGAGCACACUGCCCCCUGCAGGUAAGACUUUAUCCAUCACGGUACUGAUUGGCCCUUUUUUUUUCUUUUUUUUUUUUGGAAAUCUUUCUCACAGAUUUAGCAAAGUUUUCAACUUCUCGCUCAAUAAUCCAAACCAGAAGAAGAAGCGGCUCCUGUUUUUAGUAGCUUCCAUGCAGUGGAAUGCACGGCUCUAUUUAUUUAUGUACUUUAAAUUUGUCUUAUGAAUCAUUGUUACUUUUUUUUUUAAGUGUUAUCCCUGUUUUUUCGCUAACUGCAGAACUAGUAGCAACUGUGUAAAUAUGAAGAUCCAGUCAGCAGCGUCUCCUCUUCUCCGUCUGACACCAUUAGACCCUCCAUCCGAGCCCCGAAGGUGCUUUAAGGUGUCGACUGUUGUGACCCCCACUCACCCUGCUUCCACUGCUGCUGCCCACUUAGGUUACGGCUCACUCUCAGCAUGUUCGCAGGCUGCGUUACGUCUCUGCUGACCUGUCCUCAGCAGGGAUUGUUCUUGUUUGCUGAUGAGUCCUCAACACACUGUGAUGUAUGUCUGCGCUUUAUGGAAAUUUGCUUUUACCCAGCAGUCAGUUUAGCUCGCAGACAUUUUUAUUUUCAUACAUGCUCCCUGUGCACGGUCGCGUCUGGUGAAAGGACUUCUGGCUCUCUGCUGAUCGGAUCCCUGGUGUUUUUAUGUCGGAGCAAAGCAGGUCAGGAAGCGGCGAAGCGUUGCUCUGUUGGCUGUAGCGAGUGGCCUCCCUCCCGUUGCUCAUCUUGAAGAAGAAAACCUCCGUCCUUUUCCCCUUUUCUCCCCUUUCCAACGGGCCAGCAUUGACACACAGUCACUCGCACCCCCUCUGAUUUUUUUUUUGUACAACUCUCUCCAUCUCCUUGAUUUUGAUUUUUUUUUUUUGUAAAUACUGUAAAAUGCAUUUUGAUAUCAUUGACAUGUUUUGAUAUUUUCAAAUCACAACAGCAGUUGAUCAGAAACAUGCUGAUUCGGGGCAACUGUGUGUAUUUGUUCAGAUGGCGUGUCUUUUACUCAGAAAUGAUAUGAAUGAUGAGAAACAGAAACUGGAGCUGCUAUAGACUAUUAUGCUAUUUCUUCUCAUCACAGGCGAACGUGGGGCUUUACUGUGCAUCAGAGCUGUAGCGUCAGGGCGUCUGAGAGCGGACGAGGGAGGGAAAUUUUUAAAAAGUGUUUGAACCUUUUCGCUGACUCACCGUCACGCACAUUUCCUGGAGAAACCUUAAACGUGAUUCUUGUCCGGGCGCCUCCCUCCUCUGCCGCUGUUCUUGGAAAAUUUCAAGCGAGGUGGCCAAAAAAGCGGGCAUGUUUUUCACCGCUUUUGGCGGGGAAUUUGCGAGAACAGAGCAGAACGCGGCCAGUUUUUCAGAAUAAAACUCGCCUCCGACGCACUGCAUUUCAGCUUCCACCCUCUCGACACACACCGAAAGCAGGGCACACAGGACACUGUCUCUCAACCCAACACACCAGGGACCAGAGAACAGACUUUGCUAUGAAGGAUUUUGUUUUUUUAAUCUAUUUAAAAUGGGGCGGGGGAAAUGUUUUUGGGAAAGAGAAAAAAAAUAGCGGACAGAUUUGUUCUUAUUGCUGAGAGGAGGUAGAGAGAGUGCGGGAACAGGCGUUUCCUCCCCUGUACUUUGAAAUACUGUUGUAUAAAAUGCAGUCGAACUUCUCUCUAUCUUUCUGUCCUGUAAGUAAAGCCGUCACGACGUUGAUCAUUUCUGUAUUUCUAUUGUGCUGAUGUAUAAUACUGUAACAUUCAGGGGUUAGGGAGGGUUAAGAGAGGAUUUUUUUUCGUUGAGGGGAGUAAAGAUUUUUCUUUUCAGUUCCUCAUUUUUCCUCUUGAUGACAAAGCAGUAUUGAAUAUGAGGCAGUCGUUGCUUUGUAUCUCAUCUUAGGGUAGUUUCUGAUCCUAAAUGUCUCGUGUAGUAAAAUAAGAGGUUCCUUCUUCGUAUGUUUCUUUAUAUUGUAAAGUUUCUUUAGACGAAAAAAUGUUGCUUAUUGGAAAAAAGGUGGGAAAACUGCAUUGAUAAUAAAUGUAAUUUUUUUGGGGUUUUUUUUGGUUUUGUUUUAAUUUUCAUCAAGUUGUCAGUCGUUUUUGCCUGUGUCCCCCUUGUUGUAGAUACAUAUUAAAAACAAAUAAAAUGACUUCACUCCU